AUGCCAAUUGCGGUUCCCGAUUGUGUGCUUAAACGAAAAAUAGCACGUGGCGGUUCAUACACGCCAUCUGAAAAUACAGAUUUAACCGGGCAAACAAUUAUAGUUACAGGAGCAGCAUCAGGCAUUGGACGCGUAUCAGCGGUUGAAUUUGCUAGAUUAGGGGCAAAAGUUAUUGUUGGCAUACGUGGUCAAAGUAGAGCUGAGCAAAUAGCUCAAGAAUUGGAACGUGAAGUACGUGUCAUCGGUAGUAGCAAAAUAACUGGUUACAAUUUGGAUUUAUCUAAGCUUUCGACAGUGAAAGAUUUUGCCGAUAAAAUUCUUGAACAUGAGCAACAUAUCAAUAUUUUAUUGAAUAAUGCUGGCACCGCACAUCCACUACAUUCAUUGACAUCGGAUGGAUUGGAAAUCGUAUUCGGUACGAAUCAUAUUGGUCAUUUCUACUUAACGCAACUUCUUUUACCAUUACUAAUUCGAUCAAAAGCGCGUAUUAUUAAUGUUAGCAGUAUGGCACACUGUUUUGUAGAUAAUGGUAUUAACUAUGAAUUUUCUAGUUCAUCUUAUAAUUCGAGAGUAGCAUAUGGUCAAUCUAAAUUAGCUCAAAUAUGGCAUGCUUGGGAAUUACAACGACGUUAUGGUCAACUAGGUAUAAAAGCCUAUUCAUUACAUCCGGGACUGAUUUAUACAGAUAUAACACGAGGGACGUCAAAAUUAUCUACAUUGAUUCAUCAAUUAAUAUUAUCGAUAAUUGGAAAAUCAUUAUUUCAAGGUGCGCAAACAAGUUUAUAUUGUUCAUUGUCUAAUCAAGCAAAACCAGGAAAAUUUCAUGCCGAUUGCAAAGAAGCUACAUCAAGUCCAUUGGCUUAUAAUCAAAAAUUAGCUGAAGGAUGUUGGGAGUUUAGUGAAGGUAUAAUCAAAGAAAAAACGAAAUAUUUCUAA